GGUAGCAGAGCAAGGUUACUGCUGUAGUGUCGGGUGUCGGAAUUAAAUAAAUAAAAUAAAAAUCAAAAGUGCAAAAUCUGCUGUAAUAAUAAAAAUAAAAUAACGCUUCAAUUAAAAUGGAAAAGGGUUUUGAAGUAGAGAAACUCAAAGGCCAGGAAAAUUUCCACAACUGGUGUUUCGCAAUAAAAAAUAUAUUAGCAUUCAAAGGUCUGCAUAAGUGUAUAACCGAUCCUGUCACAGAAACAAACGCUGAGAAAUUAACUAAUUGCAAAGCCCUGUUAGCUCUAAGCGUAGCGCCAUCGCUGUACGUUCACAUAUCCAGAUGUGAAACAGCGCUAGAAAUAUGGCAGAAACUAAAAAAUCUGUAUGAGGACAAAGGCUUAACAAGAAAAAUUGGGUUAUUAAGAGGCCUGAUCUCUUGCAGAUUAGAAGACUGCGAGAACAUGCAAUCAUACAUUGAUAGAAUUAAAGAUAAUUCUAAUAAAUUAAAUGAAAUUGGUUUUGAGAUAAAUGAGGAUUGGCUGACGGCGAUAGUAUUGGCUGGUUUAACUGAUGCAUAUAAACCAUUUAUAAUGGGAAUUGAAGCAUCAGACUCACAAAUAAAAUCAGAAACAAUAAUCGCUAAACUGUUGGACUCUGAUACCAACACAACCACAAAAAGUGAUGCAUUUCUUAGUAAAAAAAAGGUACGAAAAUAAGCAAAAAUACUUACAAAAGAAAAAAUGCACAACUUGUGGAAAGAAACAUGCAGGGGAAUGUCACUACAAGAAAAAUAAUGCACAAAAUGGCACAGCAAAAAAUGCAUUCACAGCGUUAUUAACGAAAAGAAAUAACGACGACUGGUAUCUAGACAGUGGUGCAUCGUCUCAUAUGACACCAAACGAUAAUUUGCUCACUAGCAAAAAAAAUUCACUCGUUGACAAAAUAAUGUCAGCAAAUGGAACAGCUAUGACAGUAAGUUGCGUUGGCAAAACAUCACUGAAUAUCAACGGGCAAGAAAUUGUAGUUAACGAAAUUCUACACGUGCCCGAUUUAU